CUUGCCCUUUCCGUCUUGCCCUUGUCUCGGAAGGGGAGCACGACUCGAUGACGCCGCUGCAGCGAGCGAUAACAAGUCAAAGCAGCAGCGGCGACCAAGCCCACCCAACUCCCAACCCAACCCCCGCUCCCGCCUGCCUCCACCCGGGUUAGAGGAGCGGCGAUCCCGGCGGGCCGCAGCUGUGCCGCCUCCGUCGCGGCGAGCUCGAAGCUAACCCCUCCCGCGCCCCCUGCAGGGACAGAGAUUCAUGAGGGGCUCAAGAAUGAAUCUAGGCGAUCGUAGAACGCGGAACACGAUGAUGAUAGUAAUUGUGAUGGGUUUGUGCUGCUUCUUUUACAUACUAGGCGCUUGGCAGAAAAGUGGGACAGGAAGGGGUGAUAGUAUAGCUCUGAGGGUUAACCAAGAAACAGACUGUACAAUCUUGCCAAAUUUGCACUUUGAGACCCAUCAUAGCAUAAAUGGUGUCAAUCCAUUGAUCAUGACCAAUAAAGUGAUUGAACCAUGCCGCGUCCGAUACAGGGACUACACUCCUUGUCAAGACCAGAACCGAGCAAUGACCUUUCCUAGAGAAAAUAUGGCCUACAGAGAAAGGCAUUGUCCUGCAGAGAAUGAGAAACUGCACUGUCUAAUCCCAGCACCGAAAGGCUACGUGACCCCUUUCCCUUGGCCCAAGAGCCGUGACUAUGUUCCAUAUGCCAAUGCUCCGUAUAAGAGUCUGACAGUCGAGAAAGCUGUUCAGAACUGGAUCCAAUUUCAGGGAGAUGUGUUCAAAUUUCCAGGAGGAGGGACGAUGUUUCCCAACGGGGCGAAAGCUUACAUUGAUGAACUUGCAUCCAUCAUCCCUCUUGCUGAUGGUACCAUCAGAACUGCACUUGAUACUGGAUGUGGGGUUGCAAGCUUCGGAGCUUACCUAAUGGAUAGAAAUAUAUUAACCAUGUCAUUUGCACCCCGAGACUCACACAAAGCUCAGGUUCAAUUUGCUUUGGAGCGAGGUGUUCCUGCAGUAAUUGGAGUACUUGGAACUAUAAAGCUCCCGUACCCCUCUAGGUCUUUUGAUAUGGCCCAUUGCUCACGCUGCUUAAUCUCUUGGGAGUCAAAUGAUGGGAUGUACAUGAUGGAAGUAGACCGGGUUCUGAGGCCUGGGGGUUAUUGGAUACUAUCUGGACCUCCCAUCAAUUGGGCGAAAUACUACCAAACAUGGAAAAGGUCUAAACAAGAUGCCAAGGAACAUCAAAGUAGAAUUGAAAACAUUGCUGAAAUGCUUUGCUGGGAUAAAAUCUACGAGAAGGGGGAUACUGCUAUUUGGCAGAAAAAAGCAAACUCACAUUCGUGUCAUCAAAACAAUGGUCAUGCUAGCAAGAUGUGCAACGUUCAAGAUGCAGAUAAUGUCUGGUAUAAGAAAAUGGAAUCUUGUAUAACACCUACCGGAGAGGCAGCACAGUUAAAGAAGUUUCCAGAGAGACUAUCUGUCAUCCCUCCCAGAAUUCUGGAGGGCCAUGCACCUGGUGUUACAGAAGAAGUCUAUGAGGAGGAUAAUAAGCUGUGGAAGAAGCAUGUCAAUACUUACAAGAGGGUGAACAAGCUGAUAGGUUCUUCAAGGUAUAGGAAUAUUAUGGACAUGAAUGCGGGCCUUGGAAGUUUCGCUGCAGCGCUUGAUUCUCCCAGGUCCUGGGUAAUGAACGUUGUGCCCACUAUAUCUGAGAGGAACACUCUCAGUAUCAUCUAUGAGCGAGGUCUGAUUGGCAUAUACCAUGAUUGGUGUGAAGCCUUCUCUACAUACCCUAGGACAUACGAUCUGAUACAUGCCAAUGGCAUCUUCAGUUUAUAUCAGAACAAGUGUGACGCUGAAGACAUUCUUCUGGAGAUGGAUAGGAUUUUACGGCCCGAGGGUGCAGUCAUACUGCGGGACACUGUUGAUGUACUGAACAAGGUUAGAAGCACAGUGGCCGGGAUGCGGUGGAAAUCCAAGUUACUUGAUCACGAAGACGGCCCUCACGUUCCUGAGAAAAUUUUGAUUUCAGUGAAAGAAUAUUGGGCUGGCAGCGGAGAAGAGAACAGUUCGUAGAUACAGAACCAUGGGGACACUUGAUAACAGCAUCUUUCCCUGUGAUGUGAAACCCUGGUGCUGUUUUGUCAGUGAAUAGAUUUUGUUCAUACUUCAUAGAUACAGUGCAGACUUCAUCAUUCGCAAGAUCCCAUAGACAAACACCCCUGGUGCUGUUUUGUCCUAGAUACUUGUUGUGCAUAUACAAUAAAUACCAGAGCAUUGAGCAAACAUUGGUGAUUUGCCAAUACAUUCUGUAGGUAAAAGUACAAUGCUUGGCUGGCUACUGACUAGCCUGUGCGGAUAUUCAUUCUACAGAUCUACCGUACAGAGGGACUUUAUUGAUUUUGUCA